GUAACGGAGAGUAACGGUACCCAUUUUGGGGUGAUCCGCUACUUUGCUGAAUAUUUCAGCAGUGUAAAGAACAGUAAUCACGUGCUCUUCAGAGAGUAUAGCUACAUCAUGGCCACUCCACAUAACAGAGCCUCCUUCAUCAGAGUCUUCUGGAGAUGCUACAGACAGAUCGGCAAGAGUGGUGAGUUGCUCUCCAUGCUGGAGUACAGGUCUCUGCUGCAGUUAUUGUGUCCAGACUUCCCUUUGGAGCCGGUGCAGAAUGCAGCCAGAAUUGUGCUGAUGGACGACGCCAUAGACUGCCUGAUGUCUUUCUCUGACUUCCUCUUUGCCUUCCAGCUACAGUUCUACUACAAAGAGUUCCUGGACAGCGUGCUGGUGAUUUAUCAGGAUCUGUUAGCAGGGAAGAGUCCCAACACCGUCAUUGUUCCCACGUCCACCUCCAUCGAGCAGCUCCCCCCUGUGGCUGCAGAGGAGAGCGACAGGGAGCAGCAGCAGGACGGAGUGGAGCCUUCCACUCUAGCACAGUGUGUAGAUGCCUUCUGUGACAGGUUCAAACACAGGUGAACACAAACACUGCACAUUCCAGUCCUCACUCCAUCAGUUGGAAAAU